AUGGUGCCGCGUCUUUUCGCCUGUUUUCGCGUCAAAGGAUCCUCAACUUCCACCGCCGGAAAAAGAAUCACCGGUCAUAACGCUGCCGUUGUAGCUGCCAAUGUUCCCGCUGGACCGGCUCUGCCUGUUCUCGUUCAACUCUUCUCAUCUCAGGGAUGUAAGACUUCUCUGGAGGCGGAGAUGCUCGUUUCACGCCUCGGACGUGGAGAUUUCGACGGUCAGAUCCGUCGCGAAGGUGGGGCUGGUUCUCCUGCGAUGGUUCUCUUUUUUCACGUUGAUUAUUGGGAUUACUUGGGGUGGAAGGAUCCGUACGGGUCGAGCCAAUGGACGGUGAGGCAAAAGGCUUACUUUGAGGUGUUGAACCAAGAUACGAUGUUCAUUCCACAGUUUGUGGUUCAAGUUCGCGUCCAGUUUCUUGGCAAUGAGGAAGAUGCACUUCUCAUUUCGAUCGUCGAAGCGCCUACGUUUCCUUCUCUUGCUUUUCGGUUUUUAUAA